AUACAUGAACCUCUUAGAUUCAUAUCGACACUUGAAAAAUUCUGCAGGUUCAUUUCCACUUUCUCCCACUUGUAUGGUAGUACUAGUGCAGCAGUUUCUACACUGUAUACACACGUAUAGUUUUUCUCUUUUGGCUAUUCUAUUUACACUCUAUUAUUUCUAUCUAAAUCUUUAUCUCAUACUCUGCCUCGGCAUUCUACACCGGCUCUCCAAUCGAUUUUCCAGCAAAAGUGAGAUAAACCCAGAUUGUUAUCUUUACACUACUGUGCCUUUCUGUUUGUUAAGCUUAUAAAUAAGGGUAUACAGAUGUUGAAAUGUUCUAACAAGAGUAGAUCUUUAUUGCCUAUACAAAAGACUAUAUAUUUAGUGAGCCAAGUUACCAGUUCUGUUCAAUUAAAGAUUGAUAUCUAUAAUGGGUAUCAGUCUUUUGUUGGAAAUUAAUCAAGCAAUCUCUGAUUUAUCAGCCAAAAGAAGGAGAUUUUCGGCGACAAAUAGUCCCUCUGAGGCUCUUCAUGGCUUGCCUAUAUUGGAAUUGUCAUCAAUUUGCAUCAACUUGACAUUGUUGCUCGUGUUUCUGUUCAUUGUGUCGGCGAAACAGGUAUAUUUGUGCCUUGGUCGAAUUCGAGUUGAUAAAGAGGGUUCUAAUGGGAAUUCAGUCCCGAUUAGGCGUCGUGAUAGUGAGAUUCAGAGUAUUGUGAUUGGUAAUUGGUAUAAAGCUACAGCCUUUUGUUGCUUUUAUGUGCUGUUUGUGCAAGUAUUGGUAUUAGGUUAUGAUGGUAUUGGUUUGAUAAGGGAGUCCACAGAAAAGAGGAGUAGAAAUUGGACGUUGGUGCUUUCUCCUGCAGCUCAGAGUUUAGCUUGGCUCGCUUUGAGUUUUUCAACACUUUAUUGUAAAUUUAGGCCCUCGGAGAAAUUUCCGUUGCUGUUAAGGGUUUGGUGGGGUGCAUCAUUUGUGAUCUGUCUGUGUACUUUGUAUGCUGAUGGAAACAAAUUUUUGACCAAAGGCUCAAAACUUUUCAACUCUCAUGUCCUGGCAAAUUUUGCGUUAACCCCUGCCCUUGCUUUUUUAAGUUUAGCCGCAUCCAGGGGUGACACUGGUAUUCAGGUAUGCAGAAACUCUGAUCUUCAGGAGCCUUUGCUAGUCGAAGAAGAAGCAGGGUGCCUUAGGGUUACUCCUUACAAUGAAGCUGGUAUCUUUAGUUUGGCCACACUUUCGUGGCUAAACCCAGUUCUUUCUUUAGGUGCAAAGAGACCACUUGAACUGAAAGACAUUCCGCUUCUUGCCCCAAAAGACCGUUCUAAGACAAAUUAUAAAGUUUUAAAUUCCAACUGGGAGAAGUUGAAGGCUGAAGAUCCUACCGGGCAACCUUAUUUAGCUUGGGCAAUCCUCAAAUCAUUCUGGAAAGAGGCAGCAGUUAAUGCCAUUUUUGCAGGCUUGAAUACUCUUGUUUCAUAUGUAGGUCCAUACUUGAUUAGUUACUUUGUGGAUUACUUGGGAGGAAUUGAGACUUUCCCCCACGAAGGGUAUAUCCUUGCCGGAGUCUUUUUUGCAGCUAAGCUAGUGGAGACCUUAACAACACGUCAAUGGUAUCUUGGAGUAGACAUAUUAGGGAUGCAUGUCAGAUCGGCUCUCACAGCAAUGGUGUACAAAAAGGGGCUCAGGCUCUCAAGUGCUGCAAAGCAAGGUCAUUCCAGUGGAGAGAUCGUCAAUUACAUGGCCGUUGAUGUUCAAAGAGUAGGGGACUAUUCCUGGUAUCUCCAUGACAUAUGGAUGCUUCCUAUGCAGAUAGUACUUGCCCUUGCCAUCCUUUACAAAAAUGUUGGUAUUGCUACAGUUGCAACAUUGAUUGCCACCAUAAUCUCCAUUGUGGCCACUAUUCCCUUGGCAAGGUUUCAGGAAAAUUACCAAGACAACUUAAUGUCUGCAAAAGAUGAAAGAAUGAGGAAGACUUCGGAGUGUCUUAGAAACAUGAGGAUUCUCAAGCUACAAGCCUGGGAGGAGAGAUACCGUCUGAAACUGGAGGAGAUGCGGGGCGUGGAAUUCAAAUGGUUACGUAAAGCUCUUUACUCACAGGCAUUUAUUACUUUUAUAUUCUGGAGCUCCCCUAUAUUUGUUUCAGCUGUCACUUUUGGAACUGCAAUAUUGUUAGGGGACAAGCUUACAGCAGGGGCCGUCCUUUCUGCCCUGGCCACUUUCAGAAUUCUACAAGAGCCUUUGAGGAAUUUUCCAGACUUAGUUGCGAUGAUGGCUCAGACAAAAGUUUCUCUUGAUCGAAUCACUGGAUUCCUACAGGAUGAAGAGUUGCAGGAUGAUGCAAUCACAGUGUUACCCCGAGGAAGCACAAAUGUGGCAAUAGAAAUAAAAGAUGGUGAAUUUUGCUGGGAUGGUUCUUCUUCAAGCAUCACAUUAUCAGGCAUACAAAUGAAGGUGGAAAAGGGUAUGUGUGUAGCUGUAUGCGGCAUGGUUGGCUCUGGGAAAUCAAGCUUUCUUUCCUGCAUUCUUGGUGAGAUUCCCAAAAUCUCUGGCGAAGUUAGAGUAUGCGGAUCCUCUGCUUAUGUCUCACAGUCAGCUUGGAUACAAUCAGGAAAUAUAGAAGAAAAUAUACUUUUUGGUAGCCCAAUGGACAAGGCAAAAUAUAAGAGUGUAAUUCAUGCUUGUUCGCUAGAAAAAGAUUUGGAGCUUUUUUCACAUGGUGAUCAGACAAUUAUUGGUGACAGAGGCAUAAAUCUGAGUGGUGGCCAGAAGCAACGUGUGCAGCUUGCCAGAGCACUCUAUCAAGAUGCGGACAUCUAUUUACUUGAUGAUCCCUUCAGUGCUGUUGACGCACACACAGGUUCUGAACUAUUCAAGGAAUACAUCAUGACAGCAUUAGCUACUAAGACUGUAGUUUAUGUGACCCAUCAAGUUGAAUUUCUGCCAGCAGCUGAUUUAAUACUGGUUAUUAAAGAAGGUCGUAUUAUUCAAGCUGGGAAAUAUGAUGAACUUCUGCAAGCAGGCACUGAUUUUGAUGCUCUGGUGUCUGCUCAUCAUGAAGCUAUAGAAGCUAUGGAUAUUCCCAAUCAAUCCUCUGAAGACUCAGAUGACCAUCAUCCACUUGAAGGUUCUAUUCUUCUGAGUAAAAAAUGCGAAUCGAUAGGAGGUAACUUGGAGAGUUUGGGAAAGGAAGUGCAAGAGGUUGGAUCUACUUCAGAUCUGAAACCGAUUAAAGAGAAAAAGAAAGCGAAACGGUCAAGGAAAAAACAGCUUGUUCAGGAAGAGGAGAGAGAACGCGGGAAAAUUAGCAUGAAGGUGUACUUAUCAUAUAUGGCUGCGGCAUAUAAGGGCCUAUUGAUUCCUCUUAUUAUCCUAGCCCAGACAUUAUUCCAAGUUCUUCAGAUAGCUAGUAAUUGGUGGAUGGCUUGGGCAAACCCCCAAACCAAAGGGGACCAAGCAAAAGCAAGUAAUAUGGUUCUUAUUGUUGUUUAUAUGGCCCUUGCUUUUGGGAGUUCCUGGUUUAUCUUUGUCAGGGCUGUACUAGUAGCAACAUUUGGUCUUGCAGCUGCGCAGAAAUUGUUCUUGAAAAUGCUCAGAAAUGUGUUUAGAGCACCGAUGUCUUUCUUUGACUCUACUCCAGCUGGUCGGAUCUUGAAUCGUGUGUCAGUUGAUCAAAGUGUAGUUGACCUAGACAUACCCUUUAGACUUGGCGGGUUUGCAUCAACCACAAUUCAACUUAUUGGUAUAGUUGGUGUUAUGACUCAAGUUACCUGGCAAAUUCUGCUUCUUGUUAUACCCAUGGCCAUUGCUUGUUUGUGGAUGCAGAAAUACUAUAUGGCGUCAUCUAGAGAACUGGUCCGUAUUGUCAGCAUCCAAAAAUCGCCAGUAAUCCAUCUCUUUUCUGAGUCAAUUGCUGGAGCAGCAACAAUAAGAGGAUUUGGGCAAGAAAAGAGAUUUAUGAAGAGGAACAUCUAUCUUCUUGAUUGUUUUGCCCGUCCGUUCUUCUGCAGUCUAUCAGCUAUUGAGUGGCUCUGCCUACGUAUGGAGUUAUUGUCAACAUUCGUAUUUGCGUUUUGUAUGUUUUUGCUAGUGACUAUUCCACAUGGGAGUAUUGAUCCAAGUAUGGCAGGCCUUGCAGUGACAUAUGGCCUCAAUCUGAAUGCCCGUUUAUCUCGAUGGAUACUUAGCUUCUGUAAACUUGAAAAUAAAAUUAUUUCCAUCGAAAGGAUUCAUCAAUAUUGCAAUAUUCCUAGUGAGGCUCCACCAGUUAUUGAGGAUAAUCGUCCCCCAACCUUGUGGCCAGAAGAAGGAACUAUAGAAUUGAUAGAUUUAAAGGUUCGUUACAAGGAGAAUCUUCCUGUGGUGCUUCAUGGUGUGAGUUGCAGAUUUCCUGGUGGGAUGAAGAUUGGAAUUGUUGGGCGUACUGGAAGUGGUAAAUCAACUUUGAUUCAGGCACUGUUCCGCAUGAUUGAACCCGAAGGCGGCAGUAUAGUUAUAGACAAUAUUGACAUUUCAACAAUUGGUCUCCAUGAUCUUCGUAGUCGACUAAGCAUAAUACCCCAGGAUCCAACACUAUUUGAAGGGACCAUUAGGGCAAAUCUCGAUCCUCUGAGUGAGCACUCAGAUGCUGAAAUUUGGGAGGCACUUGAUAAGUCCCAGCUUGGUGAGAUAGUUAGGCACAAGGAGCAGAAGCUUGAUGCACCAGUCCUCGAAAACGGAGAUAAUUGGAGCGUAGGGCAGCGCCAGCUGGUUUCUCUUGGCCGAGCCUUACUGAAGCAGGCAAGAAUUCUGGUGCUUGAUGAAGCAACUGCCUCCGUUGAUUCAGCCACAGAUAAUCUUAUCCAGAAGAUUAUUAGGACUGAAUUUAAGGACUGUACAGUGUGUACUAUUGCUCACCGUAUCCCAACCGUUAUCGAUAGUGAUUUGGUUCUGGUGCUCAGUGACGGACGUGUCGCAGAAUUUGAUGCUCCAGCUCGACUAUUAGAGGAUAAAUCUUCCAUGUUUCUUAAGUUGGUCUCUGAAUAUUCGACAAGAUCUUCUGGAAUCCCCGAUUUAUGAUCGAAACAGCAUGCAACCAUCGAUAUGAAUAUACACCAAGAGCUGCUUCUGAUACCGGAAACUACAGCUCGGGAAGCUGCUUCAUUCGGUUUACUGAGAAACAUGGAAGGGCAAGAGGUAAAAGGCGUAUCGACAUUGUGCAUCAAAACCCUUAAAAGCGGAAUGUAGUUUCAGUCUCACAUUACAACAAGAUUUCCCUAUAUCAACUUCACUGCUGGGGAAUUCUUGCAAUGCUGCAUGAAAUGUAACAUAAAUAAGUAGGAGGUUGAUAUAGGGUUGGUAAUAAAUACAGAAUAGAAGAUCUAGGAAAAUGAAAUUCUGUAUGCGGAACUGUGCAGCAUCAUGUAUUUAUACUAGGAUAAACCAUCAGUUCUCGUAAAUUUUGUGAUAGUUUUAGACAUGUUAAUUUGUUUGUAUCAAGUGUUUCCGUUUGCAAUGUUCUUCCCCUCUGUCAUAUUAAUAGGAAUUUUUUUGUCAUAUUAAUAGGAUUUUUUUGGUCUUCGUAAA